UAUAUAUAUAUAUUUAUAUAUAUAUGUAUAUGUAUAAUUAGACCUUGCGGCAGGGAUGAGAAAAGUUUGAAGAAACCAGUAAAAAGAAAAAAAAAGGCUAUUGUAGGCCAGAAAGCAGGAAGGAUUACACUUAUUUACAUCACAAACUACUUCAUGAAGUGUUUUGUAUAGCAAGACUCAUGUGCAGCUCUAUGGAUAUCUCAGAUCUUUAAAAGAUUACACACACACAUAUAUAUAUAUAUGUGUGUAUGUAUGUAUAUUAAGUUAUAAAACUGAACGAUCGUCUGUUAGAGAUACCCGGGUAAAUAUUGAAGACAUGUGUACUACGGAUACCAUCGAUACAACCAUCCCUGGCUGCAGCGGCGACAUAAACACAUCUUCUACCACCACCACCAGCAAUUAUUGUUAUUCAUCACCACCAUUCCAGUUUUCAUAUUCCACAUUCAAACUUUGACACGAUUGCUUUCAGCAGGCAUUCAGUCCCUCCAUUUGGCACCAUGCAGAGUGAUAAAGUUUUAAUGAUGUCACGGUUUGGAAUUGGUACAACUAAAAAUCCCCCCUGGGCCCGCCAGGCACCAGCAGAGUUUAUCACUGUAACUGCUGCAACUUCAUUGAGCUCACUGAGUCAACCCCAAGCAACCACAGCUCUAUUACACCAGCCAUCAGCUGGCGUUCCAAAAGCUACUGUCUACUCAAUAACAACACCAACCUCAGCACCCAUUGCACAACCACAGUAUGCACCACAGCAACUCCCUCCAGUUGGUAUGCAAGGACAACCACCAACCUUACAGCCUGGUCAAGUUCUAUCCCAGCCUGCUAUUGCUAUCCCAACAAGCCUGGCCACAACUACUCAAGUUGCCAGUGUCUCCUAUCCUCCCCCAGUGGGUAGCACACGGCUAGCUCCAGCUCAGCAGUCUCUUAAGCAGAGGUUUUUCACAGGAACAGUCACCAAGAUUAUGGAUAAUUUUGGUUUUGUUGAUGAUGAUGUCUUUUUUCAAAUGAACUGUUGUAAAGGUCCACUACCAAAAGUAGCCGAUAGAGUUUUAGUGGAAGCUACAUACAACCCUAAUAUGCCUUUCAAGUGGAAUGCUACUCGAAUUCAAGUUCUUCCCAACCAGAAUGUGGCUCCAGCACCAAUGGGUCAGAUAGCCAAUAGCCAAACUCUGGUCAUCUCCAACCCAACAACCCUUGUGGGAUCUUCUCCACUUGGAGUGACUGCAACUGUGGUCACUCCAACAAUUGCUCAAACUCCAGUCAUGGCACCAAGCAUUGCUCCACCAGUGUCGCCAAACAUUACUCCAUCCAUUCCAACUCCUGUUGCUGCCCCUCCACCUGUACAGCCACCAACAAUAAACCAGCAGCCACCUCCGUUAAUGGGACAGAUACGACCUCCUGUUGCAACAGUUGCACCUCCACCAUCUCUAAUUCAGCAGAGUGGUACAAUACGGGUCCCUAUGUCAGCUCGGCGUGGCCCAAUGGGAAUGAGAUUUGAUCGUGAUAGAGAGCGAGAACAAAGAGAUAAAGACAGGGAGAUGCGUGAGAGGGAGAGGCGAGAGCAGAGGCGGGACAAGUCACUGAACAAACGACCACGGUCUCCGAACAAUCAUCGUUCCCAUUCACCAUCUCAGAGAGCUCGCAGUCCAAAGAGGAGACGGAACCCACGGGUUGUACCCCGAUAUGUUGUUCAGAUACCGAAGUUAUCAUUAGAAACGAAAGAAGCUAAUGUCAUGGUCCUCAAAUCCCGUUAUAGUAACCUCUACAUCCCUAGUGACUUUUUCCAAGCAAAUUUCACAUGGACUUCAGCUUUUCCUUUAUAUCGUCCAUUCCAGCUGGGCACUGAUUGUACUUUUCAUGUGAUGCCUAAAGACACUGAGCCUGUCAGUCUUAAUGGCACUGAGUGUAGCGUACCAGCACUGGAACCUUCUGAUGCUGACCAUUUAUACAGUGCUAAAGUGAUGUUACUGUCAAGUCCGAAAUUAGAAGACAUCUUCUCAAAGUGCUGUGGGUCAGCUGAUGAUAGUCCAGACAAUUCCCGCAAUGAACAGAUCAAUUACCAACACCCAACCCGUCUGAUUCAGUUUCUUGUCGGGUUGAAGGGCAAAAAUGAACCCAUGUCUAUAGGUGGGCCUUGGUCUCCAUCGCUAGAUGGUCCAAAUCCAGCUGAGGACCCAAAAGUACUAAUCAAGACUGCUAUCCGUUGUACUCGUGCCCUAACUAACAUAGAUCUCAGUAUGUGCACACAGUGGUAUCGAUUCGCAGAGAUACGGUACAUUCGUCCUGAGGAGAUGCACAAGGGGCGACUGGUGCCUGCUCGUGUUGAAACUGUCGUGCUUUUCUUGCCAGAUGUCUGGAGCAUUCGUCCAACGUGCCUGGAGUGGGAGUCAUUGAGGGCUGCCUAUAAAAGUCACCUGCAGAAGAAGCUAGCAGGAAGCAGUAGCAGCAGCGUCAACAGCAGCGGUGGCACUGCCACUGAUUCCAAGGAUGACACAACUACUCAGGAAGAAGAGGAAGCUAUGAAUACAGAAAAAGAGCCUACGCAUUUUUCUGAAUUGGAUCCCAAAACAAUGAAAAUUGUUGAUCUACGCCGAGAACUGGAAGAUCGGAACUUGAGUUCUAAAGGAUUGAAGUCACAGCUAAUAGCUCGACUGACAAAAAUUCUGAAAAGUGAGAAGGAGGAAGAAGAAGAAUUAGAGAAUAACAAAGCUGCAGCAGAAGAAGCUGUCAAAAAACAGGAAGAGUUUCAUAAACUGGAAAUUGAAGACAAAGAUGACAAGAAGAAGAAAGAAGAAGAGGAGAAAAGGCGACGAGAAGAAAAAGAGCAAGCCAUGAUGGAACGCAAGUACAAUCUGCCUGAUAAACCCUCCAUUAUAGUCCACCCGUCAACAACUGCAAAGGGCGGCAAGUUUGACUGCACUGUCAUGUCGCUUAGUGUCCUGUUGGAUUAUCGCCAAGAGGAUAAUAAAGAACAUUCCUUCGAGGUUUCUUUGUUUGCUGAGUUGUUCAAUGAAAUGUUGAUGAGGGAUUUUGGCUUCAAGAUCUACAAGGCUCUUGUUCUUGCGCCAGAAAAGAAGGAUGAGGAGAAGCUUAAAAAGAAAUCUGAUGAUAAAUCUGUAAAAGAAAAGGAUCUCAAGAAAACAGAAGAAGAAAAAUCAGAAAAGAAAAAGGAAGAAGAAACUCCCAAGGAAGUGAAUGGCAAUGAAGAAGAUAUGGAAGAGGAUGAACCUGAUGAUGAGGAUGAUGAUGAAGACAAGAAAGAUAAAGUAGGAAAAAGAGACCGGGAUGAGAAGAAGAAGGAGAAGAAGAAGUACUACACAUUUGAUCCUGCUUUGUUACUAGCAUUUGUAUAUUUUGAUCAGAAUCACACAGGCUAUCUGUUAGAUAAAGACAUUGAGGAAAUCAUGCACACUGUUGGCAUGCAGUUGUCAAGAGCUCAGGUACGAAAAUAUGUCCAAAAGCUUGUGUCACGUGACACUUUAAAUUAUCGCAAAUUGACGGAUAAGCCGAAAGCUGAGGAUGCUACUGAAGAUGGAAAAAUUGAUUCAAAAGGUGCAGACUCAGAUGAUAUUAAACUUGCUCAAGGAAAUUAUCAUUUUUUAAAUGCUAUAAAAGCUAAGAACUCUUCAGAGGACUUGGCAGUAACAUCCAAAUUAAAAGGUGAAGGUGAGGAAACCGCUCCCAAUUCUGGAUUUAUUAGCUACAAUGGAGCUUUGAUCGAUAUUGACAGUAUCACUCAGCGACUAGAGAAAAGCGAGAAAAAUAGGAGUGCCUUGGAAGAAAAGUUACAGGAUUCCACUGCUGAAAUUGAUUUGCUGAAGGAUAAAGCAUUAAAGCGUGAAGAUUUAAUUAAACAGAUGCAACAGGAACUAACUAUAAUUAAGAAGGAGAAAGAAGAGCAAAUAGAAACAGUGUCAUCAACUGAAAGUGAAAACAGACGGCUGUUCACUGCUCUAAAACACUGUGAAAAGACAUUGACUGGUCUUCUGAAGGGUGUUACUACAAGUCUUACACCUUUAAUAAUAGACAAGAAAAAGAAAUUUGAUAAAAAGGUGAAAAAUGAAAAUGAUACUGGAGAAUAAAUGUUUCAAAGUCCUCCAAAAGAAAUGUUCGGAUAAAUUAUGAGAAUGAGAAAGGUACCAAGGAAUUUAUUAUUUUUUUUCCUAACAUGAGGUUCCACCAAUCUCUACCUUGUCCAUAUUUCAGUGACUAUAAACUAACGGCCAGCAACAACACAACUUUCAUCACUCUUCCCUCCACCCAUCUUUCUCCUUGUGUCCCUCUAUUCUUUGUCCUCUUUCAUCUGUGCUCUUGAUCAAUCCUGAACUGUUAUCUACUUAUGCAGUCUUUCCAAUGUGUAGAUUUGCUUGGAUUUCAAAUGAUUACCAAAUACAGCAAACAAAGAUGGAAAUGCUUGCUUGCUUGUUUGUUUGGGGGUUUUAUUUUUAUUGUAUUUUCUGUUUGAUUUUUUUUUUUCUUGCAUUGAAAAUAGAAGUUCCAUCAAACAAUUGAAAACAUUUGGGUUUUUUUUUGCCUCUCACUCUCUCAUUUCACUGUUGAAUUUGUAAAUUUGGCUGUCGAGGGUGCAAUGACUGAAGAAAGAGUACAAUAAUAAACUGGUAUCUGCAGGGACAUGUAAAUAUUAUGGUUUAAAAAAAUCAACUUCAGCAACCACUUUUUUUUUUUUUUUUUUUGUAAGAGUGGCUUUGGAAGUUUCUGCACUGAACAAGUGACCAGAUGAAGUGCUGUGUUAAUAAUAUUCCAUUAUUGCCUAUAAAAAAAAAAUAAAGAAGUCUUCGUUCUUUAUGUGAGGUAGGUGGGAUGGGGUAGGGAAAUUAAAGUAAAAAUGAUAUAAAACUCAA